AUGGAUUUGGCGAGCAAAAGAGAUCCCGAAUUACUAGAGUUAGAUUACCAGAAAGGAGUUAUUCAUGUAUGCAACAAUGGGAUUGCUAAAGUUCCUGACAAGUAUGUCUUGCCGGUUAACGAACGUCCCGUUUUGGAAGUUGCUGGACUAGAUCAACAUGAAACAACAAAUCUUGAUUUAAAGUUGCCAAUCAUAGAUUUCAACAAACUGCAAGGUUCUGAAAGACCCCAAGUUCUUAAAUCACUCAAAGAGGCUUGCGAAAAUUAUGGGUUCUUUCAGGUUAUAAACCAUGGUAUUCCUCAGGAUAUUUUACGUGACAUGAUAAGCGUUAGUCAACAAUUUUUCGACCUUCCUUUCGAAGAGAAGUCAAAAUAUAUGUCAGCUGAUAUGCGUGAACCUGUUCGAUACGGAACUAGUUUUAAUCAAAACAAAGAUGGUGUUUUCUGCUGGAGAGACUUCUUGAAACUCAUGUGCAAGCCUUUAUCAGAUGUUCUUCCUCACUGGCCUUCUUCUCCUCUUGGAUUCAGGUCGACAGUGCAUUCUUACUCAAGACAAACAAAUAGUUUGUACAUAAAACUCAUGGAAGCUAUUCUAGAAACCUUAGGGUUGGUUAGUGACGACAAGGGCGGUACUAGGCAGACAAAUGAUAGCGAUGCUAAUGACAAGUAUGAGGACGACGUUUUAAAGCAAUUCGAAGAUGGGAGCCAGCUCAUAGUCAUGAAUUGCUAUCCUGCAUGCCCUGAACCUGAUCUAACCCUUGGUAUGCCACCGCAUUCGGACUACGGUUUCCUGACAUUACUGCUUCAAGACGAUGCUCAAGGACUUCAAAUACAACACCAAGACAAAUGGGUUACUAUUGAACCGAUUCCGGGUUCUUUUGUGGUCAAUAUCGGUGAUCAUCUUGAGAUUUUUAGUAAUGGAAGAUACAAGAGUGUGUUGCAUAGGGUUUUUAUCAAUUCUUUACGGUACAGGAUAUCUGUCGCGUCAUUGCAUAGCCUACCUUUAGACAGUAUGAUUCGACCCUCACCAAAACUCAUUGACGAAGAAAACCCGAAGCUUUACAAGGAUACCGACUUCAAGUCGUUUCUGGAAUAUAUAUCAUCGUGCGAACCUAAAAUGAAGAACUUUCUCGAGUCUAGGAAAUUGACUAUUUAG